AUGGUAGGCCUCCUGCAGCCACAUCGCUUAGCUACCAAUCAAAAGCUCAGAACCGAGUGCCAAAAUAUUCGCUUAAAUGGCCUCUCCUCAUCGAAGCAUAUCGAGUUGAUGGAUACCAUCAAUAGCCUUCGUUCUAAGGAAAUUAAUCACUAUGUUUCUCUUCCUCAGAUUAUUGUUUGUGAAGAUCAAUCGUCUGGAAAGAGCUCUGUUCUGAAGGCGAUUUCAGGCCUGGUUCUAUGUAAAACUCCUUGGGUUGGUAUUAGCGUUUCAAUUGUUCCAGAUUACUCUUGCAGCGAUUCUGAGAAGGCAGGCCUUGCUGGCUUCUACGCGGAACUAGAGGGCUUUAAUAGCCUUGCUAAUCUAAUCGAGGAUGCUAAGAGUGCUAUGGGCAUAUCGAUGCACGGUAAAGCGUUCUCUAAGGACCUCCUUCGAGUGGAGAUCUCGGGUUCUGAUCACUCUUAUUUGACUAUCGUGAACCUCUCUGGCCUAAUUCAUUUACAAACUAAGAAUCAGAUAGCGUUAGAUGUUAAGCUGAUCCAAGAUAUUGUUAAAUCCUACAUGAAACAAUCUCGAAGCAUUAUUCUGGCUGUGAUCUCAGCUAAGAACAACUUCGCGAACCAGGUUGUUUUGAAGCUAGCUCGUACAGCAGAUAUUUCUGGAAAUCAUAUCCUCAGCAUUAUAAUAAAGCCUGAUAUGCUAUAUAUCGGAUCGGAGAGCGAGGCAUUAUAUCACGUGCUGAAGAACUUGGACUCUGAGACCAGCAAAGGGUCUCUUGCUCAACGAAACGCACUCGAGGACUCUUUUUUCGCGCAGGGGAUCUGGAGGGAGCUGCCCGAGUCCAUCCUUGGAGUUGGGCAGUUACGAUAUCGCCUGAGCAAAGUCCUCCUUAAUCACAUCAGGUCGGAACUGCUCAGCCUAGCUCGAGAGAUCGAGCCUCGAGGUACUCUGGAUGAGCAGCGGCUCUAUCUACUGUGCAUCAGUGAAUCCUUUCAACGGCUUGUAAAGAGCGCAAUCGAUGGGAACUGGCAUGAUUCUUUUUUUCAGAAUGCUGAGACAGAGCGGAGCUAUCAGCAGCGCAUCCGGGCCAUUGCUCAAAAUCUCAACAGGAACUUUAGCACUCACCUCGGCAGGAAGAGCUAUUGCCGUCAAAUACUCGGCUCCAGUGACUCAUCCGUGAUGUAUAUAUCCGAGAGCAUCACUUUUCUCAUCCGAGACAACUUCAUCAGGCAUAUACAAGUGAAGAUGUACAGAUCCAAAGAUCGAGAGCUUCCAAGCUUAUUCAAUCCAAUGAUCAUUGCUGAUCUCUUCCAGAAUCAAGCCAUUAAGUUAUAUCAGAUUAUUCACUUUAUUACUUAUAAUGCUGAAUUUACAGAAAUAAUUCAGAAGAUUAGAGCUGAUAGAAAGAGAGCUGAGUACGCUGCAGUAGUAAAACGCUUUUUCAACAUUUCCACUCUGCAGCAUGCUAGCUUUCAUAGUUCAAAGCUCGAAGAGCUGAUCGAAACCUUGGUGAGAGAGACUACUGAGCUAGAUAUGAAUCGCUAUGCAGCUAUCGAGGCUCUGAACUGUAUGAAAGCAUAUUACAAGGUUGCUAGGAAGCGCUUUGUCGAUAAUGUUGCGGUUGAGAUCAUCGAGAUCCAGCUUGUGUCCAUACUAGAGGAUACUUUAUCCCCAAGCAAAGUCUAUAAGAUGGAUCCUACUCUGCUAGGCACCAUGGCCGGGGAGUCCGAGGAAUAUCGGACUUUGCGAGAGCAGCUGAAGCAGCAGCUCGAAGUAUUAAGCAAAGGAGCUGAGACUUGCAGGCGUUUUGUCGGGAAUAAAUUUAGCAGUAUAGCAGAGGCUUGA